GUUAUUUUGUACUACCAUACUACUCUGUUCACAAUUAAAGUCAAUUUUUUAAUUUCGUUUAUGAUCAAUAAUGUAAAUACAUUUCUUAUUUUUAUAUUUAUAAUAUUUAAUUUAAUUUCAACGAAUUCGUGAAUAGCUUGUUUAAAUCAUUAUGGUGCCUUCAUCGAUACAGUGGACGAUGAAUCCUUCAGUUCAUAUUUUAGUUUAUCCUUUAUCGAAAUAUGUUAUAUCACCCGUCAAUAAAACGCCCGGAACAACCGUAAAACGCCUUAUUCAAAGCCGAAAAACAACAGUCACUCCGAUUUCCUGCAGAAAAACCAGCGCCCUUUGUCUCCCCGAAAACUGCAGCAACCAUCAGUACCAACUAUCGAAACAAUACCGCCGCAUGCAAACAUACUCUUCAAAACGGUCUCCGUAUUAUCGGUCAAAAAGAAGUAAAUUACGGUGUGAAAAGCGCUAUCGAUCCCGGGAUAUGUGCAGCGGUCUGGGGUCAUUUCACUAUCAAGGGAAACAAGAGCAGGAUCGAAAUGAUGAGCCCGACGUGAACAUGGAGUCUGAAGAUCACCAAGGGGAGGAGGAAGAGGAGAAGGAAGAAGAGGAGGAAGUGGAAGUUGAGGACUGUGACUACGACGGUGAUGACGACAACGUCAACGAUGAUGACUACGACGAUGACAACAAAUACGACGACGAAGAAGACGACAACGGAGAUGAGUUUAAAGAUCUAGUGCUGGGACGAAAACGGAAACCGCUGGACAACGUGAUACGAAGUAUGCCACUUAUUGGUGAUAAAGAAAAUCGCGUCACACGAUAUUCCGCCAACGUCGUAUUACUAGCUCAUGGCAACCGUUCGCUAUAUGUACUGACGAUUCAACGAAACCAAGUGACUUCGAUAGACAGUAGUUCAUUCACUCGUCAUAGUAAUCAUCGAUCGUCGUCUACUUCCAUGAUCAGUUAUAAGCUACCCGGUGGACAAUUUAUUUUGACAGAGGAUGAGCCACAAAAUUACCAAAAGAAGGCUAAUAAUACAUGUACUUGUCCCGACGAUCAACAAUGGUAUUCAGCAGCAAUCAACCAUUUUAUUACACAGUUAACGACUCGAAGCCCCACGACGAUGACGAUAAUGGGACAAUCCAGUGACGACCGAUCGCAGUUCGUAUUACUGGGAAAUUGGUACCGAACGCAACAAAACGACGAUUAUAAAGCCUUCCUGGUGGCCAACGGCACUCGAUGCCACCGCCACCGGCACAGUAACAAAAACUAUUAUCCGUACAAGCCGGCUCACGUCAGCCGCAGAUUGGCCGGUCACAAGCGUGUGUACGCCGUGCCGGACGCGUGCCAACUGUUUCCGGGCGCAGAUCCCACGUUCCGGUUGCAGACGCCGCUCGUCAAAACCAAGACCGCUACCACCAAGACCAAAACUACCAUCAUCACUACUACUAUCACCACUACAUACAAGUGCAAGUUUGUUCCGCUGGCGAGGUUACACGAAAACAGCCGUAUGUAUGGACCGGUCUUGUCGUCACUCCCGGCCAUCUUGUCCAGUAUGAACCUGAUUUGCACAACAUAAGUCUGACUUCAUCAUUUCACUGUCAGAUGAAAAUAUAUGGACAUUAUUCAUUUUUCUCGUCAAGAAGUACCUUAUUGAUUUAGUAUGUUUUACCAAAGACUCACAAAUGGCCAGUAAUAAUGGUACCUACUUACCUAUCAUCAUAUUUAAAUAAGAAUUACGGUUAUUGUAUCAAAAGUAUUUUUUUUAAUUAAAAUUAUAUACCUACUUAUGUAGGUAUCUGUUUAGUUUUUUUUUCAUCUGAUUAUGUUUAAUAAUUAUAUAAUUAAACCAUUUUAUAGAUAUUUAUUUAAACAAAUAUAUAUUAUUAUACCAU